AGAAAUGAAAAUGAAAGUCUCGAUGUAACUUUCUUUUCUUUUCUUGGCUCUAAAUCUGAUCAAUAGUGAAGCGUUGUGACAGUUUUACACGUGACGUUGUGACAGUUUUACACGUGACGUUGUGACAGUUUUACACGUGACGUUGUGACAGUUUUACACGUGACGUUGUGACAGUUUUACACGUGACGUUGUGGCAUUUUGACACGUGAUGCGUCGUCUGAACCACACAGACUCGACCCCUCUUUUCCGGUCUGCUCGGCCAGACGUCCCACCUGAGACACGACCAAAGACCUGGGCCGGAAACUUUCCACCUCUUUUCUCUAUCACAGUGACCAGGUACCGAGUUACUGGUGUCAACUCUAGAUCAGAUCCUUGCUACCUCGACUUCGACCACGACCUUCUCAGAUUCGCUCUACGACUUUCUCGCAACGAUCUCAACCCUAUCUACAUUGAAUACUCCUCAAUUAAACAUGUGGACAUUCAGGAGGUCCAAAGAAAAGAACCAACACCGGACGAGAUCAUGGGAUAUCCUCAUCUAAGAGAGAACGAGAUUGACAGUUUUGGAGGUAACGCCUCUUAUAUCAAGCUUCAAGAGGGACACAAACUUGCCGAAAUCAGAUAUGGGAACACGUUCGAGCUUUCUGUUCUUUACAUAUCAGCACUACCAAACGACCUGGAGUCCCUCAAGGAACUCAUAUUCAGUCUCAAUAGUGACGAGAAUGUGGGUAAGUUUGCGACACAUGUUCGGUACGACAGAUGGGUCCACAGAAAAAUGGUUGAGGCUUUGGGUGACACGGACCGGAACCAAGACUUCCAUUUCAGAGAUUUCAAGCUCAUACUAUCUGAUUACCUGAACAUCAACCUGCCUGAAAAGUACAAAGAUUGGUGGCAGGAGUUUUCUAACACUUCUGCAAAUACUAUGAACCUCAAGCAGCUCCAAGAAUUCUUCCAUGCUUUUAUGCUCGAAACAUGGCUUCUAGGUAAAGUUAUUCUGGAAGGGUACAACUACGGAAAACAUGGACUUAGCGUUGACCAGUUCAACAAGUUUUGCAAAAGGAUUCAGAAGCAAGAAAUCUCCACCGAGAAACGUACAUUCGUGAUGAGCAAGAGGGUAACCGGCAAGAAGGUCAGUAAAAAGGAGUCUAAAGUUCCAAUCAGAGAUUUCUACACAAUGUUGUUCUCAAGAGAGAACGAUAUAUUCGACAUAAAGAAAAGUGACAACAUGGUUUACUCGCUAAACUACUAUUGGAUUAAUUCCUCUCACAACACCUACCUUAUGGGACAUCAGCUAACAGGGGCCAGCUCAGUGGAGGCGUAUAUCAGAACCUUGUUACAAGGAUGUCGCUGUAUAGAACUCGACUGUAUAGACGGUCCUAACAACGAUCCUAUAGUGUGGCAUCAAAACACGUGGUGCACCAAGAUCAAACUCUUCGACGUGUUAAAAGCGAUUAACAGAUUCGCUUUUGUUACUUCAGAUUAUCCCAUCAUCCUCUCUAUUGAAAACCAUCUCUGUAUCGAGCAGCAGAUCGUGGCAGCUAGCAUGAUGAAACAUGUUUUCAAAAACAAGCUGGUUUCCAUCGACAUUUCUCCUGAAGAUCCGGGCUUGCCAUCACCAGAUGCUCUGAAAAAGAAAAUACUUGUAAAAAACAAAAAGAUCCAGGAAAACUCGAUAGAAGACGAGGACGACGACUCGGACGAACCAGACGAGAAUGACGAGGAGUUGUUUCAGAACGAUUCAGCGUACUCCACUUUAAACGAAAUCCAGACUGAAGGACCGGCUGAGUCCAAGGAGAUGAAGAAAUUCUCUGUUUACAUUAACGACGAUAUUGACGGGGAACUUUACAGUUACUGUCAGAUAGCUGUCCAGGGAAAUUCCCUCCAUAUAAAAGAAGAACGUGACCGUCUAUCUCAAAGCAAGGAGAUGAGAUUGCACGGUUGUAACGCCUGGUACUUUGGUUCUAUCAGUCGGGAUACCUCGGAGGAAGUUGUUAAGGACUUUAUCCUUUCUCGUUACGUUAACUGUGGUAUUGAUCAGAAUGAAGCGAUAGGUUCGUUCCUUGUGAGGAGGAGUGGGACACCACUGACAGGACUUUAUAACAUUGUGGUUACUAUCUGGGUGGGAAACGCCGUCAAACAUGUCAAGGUGAAAAGUGAGAUAAACAUUCUGACACAACGUCUUCAAUUCUUCCUGGAUCCCUCCGAAAAGUUCAACAGCGUCCCUGACUUCAUCAACUUCUACCAUGUGCGACAAGACUUACCCCAGUCAGCCUACUUCAAAUACCCCAUCCCAAACUCGGAGCAUUACACCAACAAGCUCUGGUACAAGGGUGACAUGGACAGGGACACAGCCCAGAAACUCCUUUUGACCCCAACUUUGAUGACAGGCAAAUUCCUCAUCAGAAACAGAAUGGAUAAGAACACUAAAAUAGGGUUUACAGUGUCAUUUCUAAUGCCGAAAGACGCAAAUGAUCUCGUGGUACAGCACUUGACUGCUAGAGAGAUAGGACCGUUCGUCAAGAUAAACCAAAACCUGAAGUUCUGGAGCGUGAAUCACUUGGUGGAACACUUCACUAAAAAUCCCAUAACUAGUGAAGGAUCUGUGAAGCUGACGAUGGUAUGUAAAGAUGGACUAGAAACUCAUGUUAGUACCAAUGCGGAUGGUCUUACUGUGGAGCUGAAUGAGGCCUACCCGUAUGACGACCCUGCCCUGAAUUUGAAGUUCUUGUUGUUGAAGGGGUUCAAGUUUCAUAACGCUCUGAAGAUACGUGUCGACAGUGAUCCGCCUAAGGAUUUCUAUGAGGCAGAUUUCGGGACAAGGAAAGGUCUGCAUGUACCAGUAGAGAUCACGAGCGUUGUCAAAGACGGAACUCCCUUCGGAAACCAGCUCAAAACCAAAAUACUAAUAGAGAAGCAAGUCCCCAUUAUGAGUACCAAUUCGGAAUUCUUCAGUUUCACAACUCCAAUCUCAAAGAUUACCAUGAAGUUCACCUCUAAUUUGGAAGUCCACCAGUUCGCUAAAGUAUUCACGGAAGCAGCUACCCUCACAGCCGGCGGAGGUCAUGAUGCUGCGAAGAUGGGGCUUAGCAAGGAACUUUCUGAUCUGGUGAUCUACUGCCAGGCUGUUAAAGUACCCAAACCCUUCGCUCCCGCUACAAUCAGUUUAAUGCAACCGUACCACAUGUGCUCGUUUACAGAACUGACGAUAGAUAAGUUCGCCAAGAACAGAGUGGACUACAUGAACCUGAGCAGGUUUUGCGACCAGCAACUAGGUAGGAUGUAUCCCAGUUGGAAGAGGAUGGACUCUUCAAACUACUCUCCAAUGUUGCCGUGGGCGUAUGGAAUGCAGCUAGUCGCACUCAACUUUCAGACGCCUGACCUGGCCAUGCAGCUCAACCAUGGCAUGUUCACUAGAAAUCAACGCAGAGGCUAUAUAAUGAAGCCUGCGUUCAUACGAAAAGAACAAUACGAUCCUAACAAUCUGAAGACCUACUUAACAGACGCGGGUCCUGAAGUGAUAACUAUAAAUAUCCUCACCGGCAGGCUGAUUUCCCUCCCGAAGAACUGGAACAAGACAGGCUGUUUUGUAAGUGUGACCCUCCAUGGUAUUGGACCCGAUCAAAAUAUACAAAAGAAAUCUACUGUUGACAGAAAACCUGGUGUAUCUCCCAAAUGGUAUCAGGAUCUACCCUCUAACACUAUGGAGUUUUCGGUUGGGUUCCCACAGUUAGCAAUGUUACAAUUCGUCCUCUUCUCGAGCUCCAACGAACUUCUCGGUCAAAGAUGUGUUCCUGUAGACUACAUGAGAGAAGGCUACAGAUCAGUGAUCCUGCACAACGUGUACGGUGAAGAGCUGGAGUUAGCAGCUCUACUAGUCCACGUAAACAAACGGCCCUGGGAGGCAUUUGAAACUUGUGACAGACUAGACCAGAACAACCAAAGGGAGAGCGAACUUCAGAAGAAAGCGACAGAUCUAGCGUCAGUGAUACACUCCAACAUAAAGUACCGUAAAGCAGCUGUAGAGCACCUUGAAGACCAACAGUGUACUCUCGAGAGGUACCUUAUGGAACUGUUCGACCUGAAAUACAGUGACAAGUUCAUUGACGCUCUUAUGAACCCAAUGGGUGCCACAACGGCUAUCUCCUCGCAUUUUAAUAAAAACUUGUGAGCUACUGCUUAAUAAUAAUACCGACUGAUUUUACUGGAGUCUGAUUAAUAUCAUGCGAAGACAUUCAAAAAUUUCUCAAAUUUGAAAUUGGACAUUCUGACUCAGACUACAGCAAUGGCCAGUUUUACGUCACCGGACCCUAUAUAAUUGUAAUAAACUCGAGUUGAUUAAUUAUUGCACUAUCUUGUAUCUGUAAAAUCCAGAAUGUACAAAUGCCCAAUGCCCAUGUCUUACUGUUUGUGGGCAAUAUAAAAAGAUUGUAACAUUUUCUGUCAAACCCUUUUUACCUUACAGCGAUCAAUACAUUUUCUUUAUGUCUGAAAGUGAAUGAUUUACAUUUCAAUUUAUCUUCAGCUAUUAAUCUUUUUCUUUUAAAAUCACGCACAGCAAAAAUAAUGCGUACAUUUUGGGAAAAUUUUUAAAUAUUAAUUGAUGAAAUAUAAUGUGUAAUGAUUCCAUCCCAUCAUGAUCGAAUACCAUUAUCAUUACUCAUUACGUUUUAUCUAAAUUAGUUUCUUGUCAAAGUAAAACACACAUUUGAAACAUUCGGGGAGUGAAAAGCACGCUCCCCAAUAAUUACU